CUUGCUGGGCAGUAUAGGUCUGGGAAGGAACAGGUAGCAUGGCCCCAGGAGAGAAGGAGCAGGCGGAGGGGCCGGCCAAGAGGGCCCUGCGCAAAGUGCGCACAGCCACCCUGGUCAUCAACCUGGCCCAGGGCUGGCAGCAGUGGGCCUCAGAGAACAGCACCAGGCAAGCCCAGGAGCCCCCGGGCUGGGUGCCAGGAGGGACCCAGGAUGAAGCCGCUGCUCCCCGGCCAGCCGUGCACCCCACUGCCCUCCAGGACGCUCAGAGGGCCACAAAGUCUCAACCCCCAAAGCCAGAGGGCAAUAAAAAUGCACAUGGCUCAGAAGAAGCCACCGAAGCCUCACGCAUCAAAAGGAAAGAGGUGACCAAAAGUGUCGUGAGCAAGGCUUAUGAGCGAGGGGGUGACGUGAGUGCCCUAGGCCAUAGGUAUGAGCUGGAGGGGGACCCACCCGGGCCAGCGCACUCAGAGGACAGCUUGGACAGGCUCCUCCGAAGCCAUGCGUCGCCCACUCGCAGGAGGAAGUGCGCCCACCUGGUAUCAGAGCUAAGCAGGGGCUGGAAGGAGCUGUGCCAGGAGACACCCACCUGGAAGAGCGACAGUGUGGACACGGAGGACAGUGGCUACAGUGAGGCUGAGGAGAGGCCGGAGCAGGAGGCAGCCCCGGUGGCUACCACCAGGAUCAAGCGCCCCUUGGCUUCCCAGGCGGGAAGGUACACGGAACAGCUCAGCUGCAAGGCACACCGGAAGCUCAGCCAGGUGGGCUGCCUGGCGGGCAGGUGGCAGCAGUGGGCAGAGCAGCACAUCCAGACCCAGAAGCUCAACCCCUUCAGCGAGGAGUUCGACUACGAGCUGGCCAUGGCCACGCGCCUACACCGUGGGGACGAGGGAUACGGCCGGCCCAAGGAGGGCACCAGGACAGCAGAGCGGGCCGAGCGGGCCCAGCAGCACAUCCACCGUGAGAUCAUGGAACUGUGCCUGGUCAUCCGCACCAUGGCACGCCACCAACGGGACGGCAGGGUGCAGGUCACUUUCGGAGAGCUCUUCGACAGGUACGUGCGCAUUUCGGACAAAGUGGUGGGCAUCUUGCUGCGUGCCAGGAAGCACGGCCUGGUACACUUUGAGGGAGAAAUGCUGUGGCAGGGCCGCGAUGACCAUGUGGUCAUCACCCUGCUGCAGUGACCCGGUGGCCACCGCCCUGCUGGAGUGACCGGCAACGGUGUUCCCUGGGAGCAAGCCUUACCAAGUCAGACGUGGCCCAUUCCUGUCCUGCCGCUCAAUGCCAGCCUAUGAAGGACUAAAACAAGCUAGUCUGUAACAAGGCGACAAAUAUUAAACAACCUUUACAUAAAUGAAUUUUGCACUAUUUAAGAGGUUUGAAAACUGACAAAGCACACAGAAAGCAUUUCCAAAAGCACUCACAGAAUGUUAAUUAUAGUAAGAAUAUUGAUAUUUAAAAUUCUACUUACCUUUUGAAGAAAAAAAUACUUGGCUAUCUACUGAAAAAUUGCUACAGCUAAGAAAAAUGUGGACUUCAGAUGAAGCUUGCAAAACAUGUCAGCGACAAUUUAUGAAGAGUCCAUUAAAUUUGGUUAAACUUAAAAUCCUCAAGAAGUUGGACUUCCUGCUUUUUAAAUCAGCAUCUCACAUGAGGCAGUAUGUCCUCAGCAAGAGGCUGAAGCUGCUGUGGCUCUGCCCCAGCUGGGAGCCCCGGCCUCCUGCUCCUGCGGCACCGCAGCGAAGCCCUGAAACAUGCACCGCUAUGGCCCCGGACAGGGAAGCGGGUGGCGUCCACAGGGGAGACCUGGACAGCGCCAGCAUCCUGCGACUCCUCAGACAAUGUUCUCCUACAAGUCUUAACAGUCAUGCUGCUUAAUCUACUUCAAAGCACAAUGAAAAAAUAUAGAACACAAUACAGAGUGUCCAAGGUAGAAGACCCUCAUUGAGUCAUUGUUGAAUUAAAAACAUUUAGGGCAUUUCAAUUUUCCUUUGUAUUUUAAACACAGAAACAUAACUGUCUAAAAGUCAUGAAAAAGCAAUGUGAGUCCUGCUAAGGUUAAAAAAAAAAAAGUACAGUAAGCAGGAGGCAGCAAGGGGCAAGCGUCUCACAUAACCUGCUGCUUGUUAAUUUCUCCUUAAGGAGAAGUAAUGGCCUAUUGAGCCUAAAAACAGUGGAUAAAUGUGAGGUACAAUUCCCACCAAAUUCAAGGAAAAUCAUAAGAACUAUACCACUGGAGGUAAAUACAAUAAAUAAGGUCAAAUUAUUAUACCUCAAAAUAUCAAGUAUUCACAAUUGUGUUAGACUUAAAAUAAAACACACAUUAAACUACCUUAAGAAUUAC